CAUAAUAAAUAAUAAUACAUUUAUUGCACUUUUCUUAAAGACAAAUAUAAAAAUAGGGGGAGAAACGUAAGUGAGGUUAUCACAGUUCAUUCAUAAAAAUGAUAUAUAACCACACACAUUACAUAGUAGAAGGAUAUAUGAGAGACACACCUCGCAGUCCUGUUAAGCUCAGCUAAACAGUCUUCACAAUGCAAAUCCCUGUGCGCAGCAAGUCAGCAUGUUUGUCCACACGGAGCUGUGUAGGCUGGAGACUGUAGUCCAGUGCAGUCGGGAGGCACAGGCCACUGUGAUUACACAAAGGUAGGCCAGAACCACAUCGCCCAGCAUGUCUCUCCACACCUGCAUGUUUACCCAGUGGUUACUAGGAGAUUUAAAAAUGAAAUUCUAGAACACACAAAUGCAGUCUUGCAAUCUUUCGAUUUCUAGUUUUGUUGUGAGGAACUGUUGUGGAUUUACUGAGUUGCAUCAGCUGAUUUUGAAAUCAAAAGUCACUUGUCGGGGAUUUCUGAGUUUAUCUGCAUAAAGGUAAUUUCUGUCUUCUGUUUCUGAUGUGUAAAUAACUUAACUAUGAUCAUCAUAGUAAUGAAUUUAACCCCUUUUGGUAUGUUAACUUUCCUAAGGACUGCUACUGGACAUGCAGCCUGGCCUUCAGGUGUGUAUGCCCACCACUGCGUUGCUGGGCCUGCUGUGCCGAGGCUGCCUCAGCAGGGCACAGAAUCGACCCAGUCGCAGCUUCAGCUCUUGGCCUAGAAAGAUGACUAGGUGGAACAGUCAGGAGUCCUGCAAUGCUGAUACACCUCAGGAAAACCCACGUGUGCUCAUCACAGGUGGUUUGGGGCAACUGGGAGUGGGGCUUGCUCAAAUGCUUAGGAACCAGUAUGGGCCAGAGAGAGUGAUCUUGUCUGACAUCAAGAAGCCCCCUUCUCAUGUUUACACCAGUGGGCCGUUUGUGUAUGCCGAUGUGCUGGACUACAAGCACCUCAGAGAACUGAUCAUAAAUAAUCGCGUUACUUGGCUGGUUCACUACAGCGCUUUGCUUAGCGCUGUGGGUGAGGCUAACGUAGCAUUAGCACGAAAAAUUAACAUCACAGGUCUACACAACGUUCUGGAUCUGGCCUUGGAGAACUGCCUUCGCCUCUUUGUCCCCAGUACCAUUGGGGCAUUCGGUCCUUCUUCUCCCCGUGACCCCGCCCCUGACCUCUGUGUACAGCGUCCUAGAACCAUCUAUGGUGUCUCUAAAGUGCAUGGCGAACUGAUGGGGGAGUAUCUCCAUCAUAAAUAUGGCUUGGACUUUCGCUGCCUGCGUUACCCUGGUGUGAUAUCAGUCAACACUCCUCCUGGUGGAGGAACAACAGACUAUGCAGUUCAGAUCUUCCACGAUGCUCUCAGCACAGGUCACCAUGAGUGCUACUUGCGACCUGACACCCGUCUUCCCAUGAUGCAUAUCUCUGACUGCCACCGUGCCACGGUAGAGUUUAUGCAAACUCCAGAGUGCCAGCUGUCUCUGCGCACUUACAACAUAGCCGCCAUGAGCUUCACACCGGAGGAGGUGGCCCAAGAAAUUCGCAAGCAUCUCCCACACCUUAAGGUCACCUACAAUCCAGACUCAGUGCGCCAAACAAUUGCUGACAGCUGGCCUGUGAGAUUUGACGACUCCAACGCCAGGAGGGAUUGGGGCUGGGCACCAGCCUUCGGGCUCGAGGAGUUGGUGAAAGACAUGCUGCGCUGCGUCAGAGACAAGAGGACCAGAGAGGGAUUUCCUGUCAGCUAGCAGUUCCUUUUUGGCAGCUGAUAGACAAAUACUUCACCACUGGCUUUUUCAACUUGCAUUUAUCAACAACUUUCUUUUACUUCACUGCGACAGAGCAUCAGUGAACUCUUUUAAUCAGAACCUUUUAGUUUAUAGUGAAACUUGCUCAGUCUACUUCAGGAAAUCAUACACUGUUGAAGCUUUUUCACAUUUGUUUUUUGUCUUGUCAUAAGCAUCACUUUAUACAUCAGAAAGUUGCAUAAAUUACAGAAAAAAACUACACAUUGCUUUUUUAAGGAACAGAGAUCUCUAAAUGUUACGUUUCCCGCAUGCAACAACAUAAUAUUCUAUUACAGUAUAUUUUUUUACAAUAGACCAGAGGCAACCUUUAGAUUUACAAAACUGUUGUUUGCCAGAAUAUUCUGGUAUGGCCGCUCACCUAACUCUGGACUGCUUACCACAUUGUUCAUUCUGGCUGCCUUUAAAACACUCUUUUAUGAAAUCAAAAAUAAAGCUACUUGAUGUAGAAUCUGA